AACAGCGGCCGCAACGCCGCGGCGCACUACGCGCGCCGGCUCAACAUGGACCUCGCCAUCGAUGCUCUUGCUGAAGAAAUUCCGGGGGAGGUAACCAGAUUCGACCGUAGGUUGAAGAAAUAUGUAGUGGAGACCGUCAAGGCUGGCUCCGGUUGCUCUGCGGUACUGCGGUCGUUGGGUGAUGUUUUGCCGGGGGGGUCGUCUUCCGCCCCGACGGACGCUCGCGCCGCUAAUACCCCAACGGCUGCUCAACGUGCUGCUCAGUUCCCCGGCGCCGCAACCUGGACAAGCGUGCUGUGGGAGGCCGGGUCGCCUAGGGGCAACGACGCCGGCGGAGGCGGGUGGGAGUCCCGCAUUGCCACGGGCCCUCUUCGUCCCGAUGAAAAGACGUUGAUCGGGGCGUACAACACAUAAUUCAGCUGCGGUCGUGCGGAUGGGGGUGCGUUAUGCGAGCAACCGCGCUGUGCCGACUGCUGGCUGAACUCGUCCACGCUCGACGACAAGGACAUCGUUUGCACGCGGUUCAAGCACGGCGCUCCUCUGCGGGCAAGUAGCGGCCUUGGCCGGUGGAAAGGGGACGAUGUAAGGGCGUCGACUCGAACGGCACCCAGUGGGGAUUGGUGGCUGGGCGAGGGAUGUGGAGAGGACGUGGAGUUCUUCAAGGAGCAGCUCUACGACGACGAUGUACAUGAUGGACCCGCUCAGGCGUCGGGCCUUUCGUUGGCGUGCAUCCUCUACUUCUUCGAGCACAGAAGGAACACGCGCCAAGGAUCCCACGACCGCCCGUUGACAUCGUGGGUGCUGGCGUUCGACUAAGUCUCCGACGGUGUUGGGAACCAACGUAGUCCUGACCCCGUCACAUUGCACCCGGUCUUGGUCCUGCGAGGUAGACGGCGCCCGGUGGUGUUCCCUUCAGCCGCAAUCAGGCGGCAUGUGCACAUGUACCAUCGCUGUCCAGGGCCCGAGCAUCCGCCUGCCGAUCGUGGAUGCAUGUGUGGACCUGAACGAUGUGGUCGGAGCGGACGCCAAGUGUGGCGACACAAGUUCAGGCUGGCGUCGCCGGGAGACGGGCCGUGCGACCGCUUUCUUUUUAAUGAAUCCCACCACAGCAUCAACCGAGAGUCUUUUGUCUAGAACUUUAUCCCAGGUACAGCGGUAACUCUGCGGAGAGAGUGUGCGCUUUGCCACUAGAGAUCGACAUAUUCGAUGAGGAUGUUGGGGUAGACGAAAAAAAAACACGUUGCGGCGAAUUGGAAAGAGUUAUAGUCAUGUGCAUGCGCCGGGUACACGCGGACACAUGCCGAGAGGCGGUAGAGGUUUCUUGAGCAUUUGUGAUGGAUGGAGUUGAUGGAGCGAUGGGGCGCCGGGGUGCAGCGUGUGGGAUGUGUGCGGGCGCUCGAGGGAGAGGGGGAGAGGGUUGGGCGGGGCUGCG